UUUACCUCACGAUCGGUCGUGUUCGAAUUUGGCCGGGUAAUUUUGAGUUUUUGGGGGUGUCCAGGGUUGUUGGCGGCGAUGUCUUGGGAAACGGGCAGCUGGAAAGUGCCGGGAAUGAAGGAAAAGUAAAACAUUCCGCCAGGGAGGCAGAUCGUUUCGGCGUUCCGCCUGUGCCAAAACGCCUGUCAAAAAAACCCAACCUGUCAGCGACACCAUGUGUGAACUCACGACAAGCUGUUAUUGUCAGCCGAAAGGCUCUUGAGGCGAUCCAAUUCAGAGCAAAAGAAACUUGGGAGAAAAGGAUGUGUUUCUCUUCCAUCCCAGAAGCCAACAUGCAGUCGGAAUCUAACAUUACUGUCCGUGAUGCCAUCAGUGACUCUGAGCCCAAUAUGUACCAGCCACUGUCCUACCCACUGAGCUUUCAAGUGUCCCUCACCGGAUUCCUCAUGUUAGAGAUCGUCCUCGGGCUCGGCAGCAACCUCACCGUAUUGGUACUUUACUGUAUGAAAUCCAAUUUGAUCAACUCGGUCAGUAACAUUAUUACGAUGAACCUUCACGUUCUUGACGUCAUCAUUUGUCUGGGGUGCAUCCCUCUGACCAUCGUCAUCCUCCUGCUCCCGUUGGAGAACAAUUCUGCACUCAUCUGCUGCUUCCACGAGGCGUGUGUGUCGUUCAGCAGUGUGUCCACCGCCAUCAACGUCUUCGCCAUCACGCUGGACCGCUACGACAUCUCCGUGAAACCCGCCAACCGGAUCCUGACGAUGGGCAGGGCCGUGAUCCUCAUGACGUCGAUCUGGGUUGUCUCGUUCUUCUCCUUCUUGAUCCCUUUCAUCGAGGUCAACUUCUUCAGCUCCCACAGCGCCAACACUUGGGAAAACAAGACGUUGUUGUGCGUCAGCACCAACGAGUACCACACCGAACUGGGCAUGUACUAUCACCUGUUGGUGCAAAUCCCCACUUUCUUCUUCACGGUGGUCGUGAUGCUCAUCACGUACAGCAAAAUACUUCAGGCGCUCAACAUCCGCAUCGGCACCAGGUUUUCCACAGCGCAGAAGAAGAAAGCCAAAAAGAAGACCAUUUCCUUGGCCACCCAACAGGAACCCACCGAGGCGCCGCACGCCAGCGGAGGGAGACAUGUGGUUUUCGGUGUAAGGACUUCUGUUUCGGUUAUCAUCGCUCUACGGCGGGCGGUGAAGAGACACCGGGAACGCCGCGAACGGCAGAAACGAGUCUUCCGCAUGUCACUAUUGAUCAUUUCCACUUUUCUUCUCUGUUGGACACCAAUCACCAUUCUAAACACGAUAAUUUUAUGUUUGGGACCAAGUGACCUUUUAGUAAAACUGAGGUUAUGCUUCCUGGUCAUGGCCUACGGGACGACCAUCUUUCACCCUCUCCUGUACGCCUUCACCCGACAGAAAUUUCAAAAAGUUUUGAAAAGCAAAAUGAAGAAACGUGUCGUUUCCAUCGUCGAAGCAGAUCCCAUUCCGAACAGUGCUGUGAUACACAACUCCUGGAUUGAACCCAAGAGAAGCAAGGCCAUAACUUUUGAAGACAAUGAAGUGAGGCAGAAGUGUUUAGUACCUCAAGUGGUCACGGACUAGAUUCCCGUAUCCGCUGGAUUAUUUAAGGGGAGGGGGAGGGAAAGUCAAGGAUAAACCUUGGCUGCCAAAUACAGAGAUUUUUUAUUAAAAACAAAAACAAAGGAAGAGAAAAUAUAAGCCAGACUGUAAUGGUUUGAUGUGCGUUUCAGACAAACCAGAAACGGUGUAUUUAUUUCCUCAUUAUUUGAGACGUGUCUUGCAUGGCGGUUUGUUAAGCGUAAAAUCAUGGCUAUAAUUUUGUCAAUACUCUGUCCUCCGAUAUACCUUUAAGUAAAUAUUUUCUAACAAGAAAAGCCUUAAAAUAGUGCUCACUUUUCAAAAAAAAAAAAAAAAAAAACCACAAAAAAUCGGUCUCUUUUGCUGUAAAUAUGUAAAGCUUUAUUUUUAAAGUUUGGGCUGGAGAAAUAGAGAAAUAAGGCCUAUUCGACACCUUAUUUUGGCACACUAUUCAGGUUUCUGACAAUAAACUGAAAACUUUUUCCUCAAUUAUAAUUAUAAGCUUAAAAUUAUAGCUAUGUGCCCCAAAUAACCACCAGCUUUGUGAGUUCAAGGUACUCUCUUAUUUUGAGCCGCAAUAUAUGCCUUUACAAAGAGUUUUCAUCCGAAGGAUAUUAUGGUGUAGUUUUUUUUUUAUAUUAAACUCAGGCUGAGAGAGGUUUGGUUUUACUGUACAAUAAGAAUUUUCUAAAUUGCAAUUAUUUUUAAUUCUUCCUAAAAUUUCUGUUUGGCUAACAGGAAUGAAUUUGCGUAUUUUGAAGGAUUCUUCCAUGCGUAUAUAUCAAUGUUUCAGUCCAGAAAUGUGGUUUUUAUACACUGCUAAACUGCUUGUUCCUAUUUCUAAGCAAAUUGGAGUUGAUAAGCCAAAAUGUGUUGCCAAAUCAAAAUCCUCAGUCCAAGACAACAAGAAAAGCCAAGGUUGUUUGGCUACUAUUCCACAUUAAUCAUAUUUAUUUAUUUGUAUCCUGCCUUUAUUAUUUUUAUAAAUAACUCAAGGUGGUUAACAUAUCCAA